AUAGAGAGUUUCUAAAAAAAAAUUAUUCGUGAAUUUCCAGGAAACGAGAUAAUUGUGCGCAAUGUCUGACGAAAAGAGUGAGGAUUUCUUGACACAGACCAAGGUCAUUUUAAGAGAAAAUCUUGAUAUUUUGGGAUCAAAAGACAUGCAUAACCCACAAGUGCAGCGAAAAUUUUAUAGAAACAAGACUCUGAUGGUAUUCUUGGUAUUUUUGAUGGACACUAAGGACAUCGAACUGGACGCGUUGCUGGUCGAAAUAUUUUUCAAGAUGUGUUCUCAAGUAGCUGGACGGGAGGCAUUACUUCGAACGGAACAUUUCAUGGACGGCUUGAAAGAUCUUCAACGAUCUUCCGUCAAGCGCUCCAUUGAAACAGAGUCGAUGUUGUUCACUGUCGUGCAAAAGCUGCGUGAACAUGGUAAAGAGUCCAGAGUAGGAAAAUUGGAUCCAAGCUUCCGUAGAAAAAGCACUGCGCCGCUGAAGACGAUAAAUGCUGGAAUCAAAUCCAGUUUGAUAGUUCUGAAGCUUGACGGAGUGGAGAGUGCUGAAGAUCAAGAGGAUAUCAAAAAAAUCUUGGUUGAAGUUCCUGGUGUCCUAUCUUUCUACUUCGAUUCCAAAAACCGUGAUCGGGUGAACAUCCGAGCAAAGGAAAACGUAUCGCCAUUACGACUUGCAGCGGCAAUAAGCAAUGCAGGCAACUUCUUGUGUUAUCUUGUGAAAAAAAGGGAAGGCGACCAAAAUGAAAACGGAGAGGAUCUCCUGUUGCUGAAACCAGAAGAGGGUGGAAAUUUGGAUUUGUCUUACUUUCCUGACGAGACUAUCUACGAUGGAAAUGCGCCUGCGUUGGUGAAUACUUCCUUUUCUGUCGGGGCGGGAGUAGUCAACACCGCCGCCUCAUGGAUCUCAGCUGCCGCUGGACUAAUUAGGCGUCCUUUCUGGAAACUAAUUCCUGAGAAAAUGGAGUGGAUGUAUAAAGGGCCCGGGCAAAGCUCGGCAGAUAAAGAGGAAUACCUUCUCGGAAAACCCAUUGACAAAACGUUCGAGGAAAGCCACCGUCUCGGAGGCUCAAUCGUAGAUGCGACACCUGCACCGUUGCUCGGAAAAAUUCGGAGUGAAUCUCGUGUCGACGUGGAUCUCGCGCGGAAAGUGACGGAAGAUCCGUUGGUGAAAAUUAGACUUGCUGAGCGCGACAAGUUGAAGCACGCACGUGACAAGUACAUCGCGCAGAAUCUGGGAAAGAAGAACCAGGACAAGCAUGUGAAACAAGACGAUUCGAUCGACGAUAUAUUGCAUGGGAAGUUGAGAAGGUUUUUCGAAGUCACGGACGCAGAUGCCAAUAUGGACUACGACUAUUCUAUUACUCAAAUUCCAGGUUCGCGAAGAAGAGAUUGGCAGACGAUAGCAAUUCAAGCGACGACUCUUCUGACGAAGAACCAAGUCGAAGAAAAGAAUCAGAUCAUUCCAGAUCCAUCCGCCAUGUGCCUCGUGACCAUUCUCCUUCUCCUCGUCUUUCAAGAAGACGCGACAGUCCUUCACCCCCUAGAAAACGUCAAGGAAUAUCUCCUGAUUCGCAUCCCUGGAAACGAAGACGAGAAAGCCCCUCUCGAAGACAUCCCAGUCCUUCGCAUCCGUCAACGUCAAGGAAACGCGACAGUCCUCCGCGUCAAACCUACGUCAGAAGGCACGGCAGCCGUUCACCUCGUAGUAAUUAUCGGAAAAAUCACCCGUUUCAGAAGAAAGAUGACAGUUCUUCACCACCACGUGUCUCGAAAAAAUCAGAAGACCAAAGAAAACGUAGUUCCUCCCCGCGGAGAAACGGAGAAAAAGCAACGGAGUCCCGGGAUGCAUCACGAAGGCACCGGAUGGAUUCUCGAGAUGACCGACCAAGAAGAAGAUCUUCUUCAAGGUCUCCGCGCAGAGAGAAUAGGUCUUAUGGGCCUCGAGCUGGGCCUAGUUCUUCUGAUAACGACAGGCAAUGAAGUGCUUAUAACGGUGGGCGUAUAUGAGAUGGUGUCGGUUAUGCGGAAGCCCGUUUAUAUGACCCUGCCGUCGACGGCACAUCGUGUACAAAUCAUGGUUCGCCGAGAUAACGUCAGUGACGAGAACAAUGACGAUGAUGGUGGCACUCGCGGAGUGGACUUCCGUGUUUACGACCGGGAACCAGACCAGUCGGAAAUCCCCGAAGCCCUUUACCUCGACGCGUCGUCGAGUGACGAUGAAAUCUACGAACCCACGGAAGAUAGUGACGAUUUUGCAAAUUGUAGACCGCGGUAUCGCGUCGAAACUGUGUCAAAAAACUUUGUGGAUUACCACAACAUGCGGCAAAUGGGCGCUGGGCGGUUUGAGUAUUACGGAGUCGAGCCGGAAUACGCCACGAGGUACCUUCUGACACACAACAUGCUUUCGGAGCAAAUGAUCCGAUUGGACCGGGUGGACAAAAUUUUCAGUGCCGAAUGGCUGAGUGAUCGACAAGUUGUAUUUGGUACAAAGUGCAAUAAACUAAUGGUAUACAAUGCGAUGCACCGGAAGGUUGAACGUAUCCCGUCGCUGGCAAGACCAACGCUUGCGUCAGUCGGAAAUAACGUACGGAAGCGCCGGAAACUGGAACAGUUGACGGCUCUGGUAUCCGAGCCUCGUGACGUGAAGGGCGGGAUCCACGCAGUGCGUAUCAACAAAAGCCGCACUCUUCUCGUCACCGGUGGUCAGCAGUCCUGUGAUGUCGCGGUUUACGCGCUGCCCACCUUCGACCCCGUGUUUGUCGGCGCAGGUGCUCACGACGAUCUCAUUUUCGACAUUGCUUGGAUUGACGAGCAAGUGUUUGUGUCGGGUUCGAGGGAUUCCUCGCUGGCCAUGUGGAAAGUUAAUUCCAAGGAUUUGCGGCCCGCGGGGGGCGAAGAUAUGCCGCGCUGUGAACUCCGAGCUCCUAUUCUCAAAAGGAAGUGCAAGAUGGGCGAGAAGGUGCGGACGAUGGGAUUCAAUUCCAAGUACCCGGAGAUUGUGGCGAUUUCCAUGAACGCCUUUCUUCACAUUUUUGAUCCUUUCACGCUGAAACAGAAAUAUUCUCGUCGUUUACCACAUUUGGUCGAGAAUGUGUGCAUUGCUGUGGACGAAGUGAAAGAUCUUUAUGCAAUCGGGUCAAAAUCGCACACAACACUCAUCGAUGGUAGAACAUUAACUUCAACGGAUAAAAUCAGUUCCAGAAUGCACGGAUGGGGCAUUCGGUCGCUUUCCUUCCUGGGCGAUUUAUUAACCAUGGGAACAGGAAACGGUCAAAUAUCGUUCUACGACCUUCGGGCGAGGAAAUAUCUCGAAUCUUCUAUCCACACUGGCCGAUUCGUCACCUUGAAAACGUCGAGUGGCACCGUGUUAUCAAAUGAUCCGUCACCUGAGGCUUUGAAUGGAGUCGACCCUCAACCUGCCAUUUACACCCACUGUUAUGACUACAGUGGAACUCGGCUUUUCGCUGCAGGUGGACCCCUGCAGGUUGGAAGUCAAGGGAAUUACGCCAGUGUUUGGCAGUGAUGUGAAAUUUUUCAUACUCUUUGUCAUCGUUCUUUUUUCACAUUUGCUCAGAAAUUUUGCCUUUUCACAAUUUUUCUCUGGACUCAUCCUUGAGACACGCGUGAAUGUGAGUGGAUUUGGCAAGUGGAUCUGGUUUGCAUCGCUGUGGUUAUCACGUGAUUUCCUGGAUGCCUUUUGUCAUUUUUUUUUAGUUGUGAUCAAAAACUAUUUUUUUGUUAACUACGUUUUAUUCUGACUGCUAGGUUGCCGCCCGACGGAAUUACUUCCUAAUACAGUGCGUUUUGUUUUCAUGCAUUGAGUUUGAUGUGUUUCCUGUGGAACCACUUCCAUCGAAUUUGCCUAGAUGACCUGGCAAGGUGUGGAUUACUUAGUCAACAAAUUUUUUUUUAUUGUAGUGAGAAAAAUCUAAGAUGAAGUCCAGUGCAGAAAUUGGAAUGUUGCAAUCAAAUUGUUAUCACGCUAUGGAAUCAAAGAUUAUGUAUUGUUUGUUGUGGG